AGACGCAUUUCUGGUUCAAAUUGUGUACCUAGGACCGGGUAGUUGAAACCAAGGAUGCCUGGGCCAUACGGCAGCAUGACAAUGACAAUGGGGCGAGGAAUGAACGGCGGCUCAGCGUCGGGCGGUGUAGCUGCGCCUACUUACAGUGGCAUGUUUGGAGCGAGAUUCAGCUCCAAGCUCACACCCCAAGAGAAGGAGAUCAUAGAUGUUGCCUUUGAGUCCUUUAAGGAUGAGUCUGGGUACAUUACCACCGAGAGGCUCAAAGAAGCGUUCGAAGCCAUCGAUCAGCUGGGCGACAUCAGUGACAUUCAGGUGUUGCUCGACAGUAUUGAUCAGGAUGGAGAUGGCAAGAUUGAUGAAGAUGAGUUUCGCUACAUCAUGACCCGCAAAUUCCUUGGAGAGGACGAUGACGCCUCUUUGGUCAAUGCCUUUGAGAUGCUGGACAUCAACAAGGAUGGAUACAUUCCUGUGGCGGAACUUCGAACAGUCCUAAUGAAAGAAGGUAACCAGCCACUGAGCGAACAAGAAGUCGAUGAGCUCAUGAUGUUUGCUGAUAUUGAAGGCGAUGGCCUCAUUGAGUACAAGAGCUUUCUGCGGUGGCUCAGCAACCCUGAUGCUGUACAAUAACGAGGCUUCCAGAUAUUUCCAGAUACUGCGCCUAUUUCUUGACGGAAACUGACUUCUCAAACUCUCAAAGGCUCCAGUAGCACCCGUAUCACCCAGCCGUGCUGAGAUGUUUUUGCGCUCGUCAAAGUGCUGAGCGUGGAACCUCAUCAGCGACAGCAAGGUUUCGGAUGGUUGGACCAGAAAUUGCC